AUGGCCAACUCUCGAGACGCCCGCAACCCUACUCCUAGUGCAAAUCCAACAUCAGAAGUGGGAUCAGAACGGUUUCAAGCGCUGGAAGGGCAGGUUGCUGUCAUGCACAACCUAAUUCAGACGCUAAUACAAAGGCCAAAUACGGGAACCACCAAAUUACCACAGUUUAACCCAGAAGUCGCAGGCGCCGACCCAGCCGCGUGGUGCGCGGCUGUUAGUAGGUCCAUGAAGAACAACUCUCUACGAGAUGACGCGCUAUACUCUGCCUUAAGUGACUCUCUACAGGGUUCUGCAGCACAUUGGCUGACACUAACGACGGGAGACGAAGAGGUUACUUGGUCUACCGUUAAGGAACGAUUCCUUAUACAUUUCGGUGGCCGAGAGACGAUGUCCUCAUCGUUAAUCAAGGUAUCCAGGGAACCGCGGAGGAAGGACGAAUCCACAGGGGCGUUUGCCGGCCGUGUCCGUUCCCUCCUGAAGACGCGGUGGCAACAUUCUACGCUAGACGAAAUACUUAACGCUGUCACUCUCUACAUAUUAAUUCCACACGACCAACGUCUUAAACGAUUGGCCCUCACGAGCGAUAUCAAAACGGAGGACCAAUUUCAGAGCGAAAUGGGACCCCUUUGUUACGAGGAAGAGUCGACAUUUUCGCCGAGAGAUGCACCGGCAGAACUCGAAGCUAAGCGACGCAAGUUAUCGGGCCACCAGGUGAGGUGCCAUUACUGUGGUACUCUCGGAGACAGAAUAACGGAAUGCCACAAGAGGAUGCGGGGCGAACAGCAGAAGGAUGUACGACGCCAGGAAGGAAGCCGACCAGCUACACCGUCCAAGGUGGUUUGCUACAAGUGUCAUGCUGAGGGUCAUAUCGCAACUAAUUGCCCGGUACGACGGGACGGUAGACCCGGCCCCAAGGACGAACGUAAAGUCAACUCCUGCGUGGUGGAGUCCCCAGCCGGUAGUUUAAGUCAUCUGGGUGAGUCGUUCCCAUUUUACUUCGAUUCCGGAGCCGAGUGCUCAUUAAUUAGAGAAUCUGUCGCUCCGAAAUUCUCCGGUAGGAGAACGACAGAUAUAGUAGUUAUGCGAGGAAUAGGAAACACCUGCGUUAAGAGUACAUCCCAGAUCUUGUCUACGGUACGCAUUAACUGUUUUACAUUGGAGAUAACCUUUCAUGUUCUGGCGGAUAGUCACUUGCAUUAUGAUAUCAUGAUUGGCCGCGAGAUCUUAAGCCAGGGUUUUGAUGUAACUAUUACACGAAAUAGCGUCGAUAUUUGUAAAACGAAGACUAUUAAUGCCUGUAGUAAAACCUCCGAAGACGAAAUCAAUAUCAAUGCGGUUGACACUGACGUGAUUGGUAACGAUAAAAGUCGGUUAAUUUCUGUUCUCGAGAAAUUCAAAAAUUCAUUCAUUACGGGCUUCCCACGUACUCGCGUAAGCACGGGCCAGUUAGAAAUACGGUUAAUCGAUCCUAAUGUCACCGUGCAAAGAAGUCCUUACCGACUUAGCGAAGAAGAGCGAAGGAUAAUACGUGAGAGAAUAGACGAGUUAAUUAGAGCAAAAAUUGUAAGGCCUAGCAACUCACCGUUCGCGAGCCCUAUCUUACUUGUGAAGAAGAAAGACGGCUCAGAUAAACUGUGCGUAGAUUUUCGAGCAUUAAAUAAAAAUACGGUCGCGGACCGGUAUCCCCUACCCCUCAUCACGGAUCAAAUCGCGAGAUUGCAGAAGGCGAGAUACUUCAUUAGCCUGGACAUAGCCAGCGGGUUUCACCAAAUUCCCAUUCAUCCUAAUUCGACGGAAUAUACGGCGUUCGUUACACCCGACGGGCAAUACGAGUACGUAACUAUGCCGUUCGGAUUGAAAAAUGCACCAUCCGUUUUCCAGAGGGCCAUUCUCAACGCCUUAGGCGACCUCACGUAUUCGUUCGUUGUUGUUUACUUGGACGACGUCCUAAUUAUUGCCGACUCAGUAGAUCAAGCCCUAGAAAGGUUGAACACCGUAGUAGAUACCCUCGUGAAAGCCGGAUUCUCCUUUAACUUUUCAAAAUGUUCCUUUCUAAAGACAUCGGUACUCUAUUUGGGAUAUGUAAUUCGUAACGGAGAAAUCCGUCCAAACCCGGGUAAAAUACAAGCCUUGAGUUCUUUACCUGCACCGUCGACCGUCACACAACUUAGGUUUCAUAGGUUUGGCCUCUUACUUCCGAAACUUCAUUCCCAAAUUUUCACAAGUAAUGAAUCCCCUACCGACGCGCCGGUGCUAAUGAUAUUUGAUCCCAAUUAUCCGAUAGAACUACAUACGGACGCUAGCUCGGAAGGAUAUGGAGCCAUUUUAAUGCAUAAGGUAGAAGGUAAAAAUCGAGUAGUGGAGUAUUACAGCAAAAGAACUAGCCCUGUGGAAUCUAGGUAUCAUUCCUACGAAUUAGAAACGUUAGCAGUUGUAAACGCCGUCAAGCACUUCUGUCAUUACUUACACGGACGAGAAUUUCUUGUUGUCACCGAUUGCAACUCCCUGAAAGCAUCCCGUAAUAAGUAUUACUGGUUCGAAGGAAUGGCGAAGUAUGUUCGCAAAUUCGUAGAGAACUGUCAUGCUUGUCGAGUUUCAAAGGCAAGUUCGGGUAAAAUACAAGCCGAAUUACAUUCCAUACCUAAGACCAGUAUACCUUGGCAUACGGAUCAUAUGGACAUAACGGGCAAACUAAGCGGUAAAAACGAUUUGAAGGAAUACGUCAUUGUGUUGGUCGAAGCCUUCACCAAGUUCGUAUACUUGCACCAUACCCGUAAGAUAGACUCCAUUAAUACCAUUAAAGCGCUUAAGUCCGCUAUAUUUUUAUUCGGCAGUCCCUGUCGGAUAAUAGCGGAUCAGGGAAGAUGUUUUACGGGCAAAGAAUUUCGAGACUUUUGUCAAGAUAAACACAUUAAACUUCAUUUAAUAGCGACCGGAGCUAGUAGGGCCAACGGACAGGUAGAGCGUAUUAUGGGUACGCUAAAAAACAUGUUCACAACAAUAGAAACCACCGGGCGGUCCUGGCAAGACGCGAUCGGGGAAAUACAACUGGCCUUAAAUUGUACCACCAACCGCGUGACUAAGUCAAGCCCAUUGGAACUAAUAAUCGGUAAAACAGCAAGACCCUACGGCUUAUCCCUACCCGACAAUAUCGAAGAAAGAGAAGUAAAUAUCUCCCAUACGGCAAACGAUCAUAUAAGUACAGACAUGACAGGCUGA